GUCCGUUUGAAAGCCAGCGCGGGCGUCGCCCUCCGCUGUGACGGCGGAGCAAGCGGCGGAUCAGUGGAUCCUGAGACUGGGCGGCGUGUAGGGCGGGGUUGCUCUGUCGGGUCUCCCGUCAGAGGUGGUGGAAAUUUCUUGACAUUCAUUUUAACAUUCUCUUCUUUGGAAUGAUGGAUUUCCUUUUGGAAACGAAAGUGUUUACGGAGGAAAUGUUGUUUUUAAGAGAAAUCAAUAGAAAUAACCCAUUUUGAGGAAGCCAUGGCAAAAUCAAAUUCAAAACACAGAGUUUGUUCUCAGGAGUCUUCAGUGUCUUCUCUGUUAGCAAGCUGCAGCCUAAGUGGUAGUAAUUCCUCUAACUCUGAUGGUUCUUAUCAAUAUAAGGAUAAACUGUACAGUUCUGCAUCUCAGGCUCUACAGGCCUACAUUGAUGAUUUCGAUCUAAGUCAAAUGUAUCCUGAUGCAAGCAUGGGAAAGAUUAACAUUGAUAACUGUUCUGCUGAUAUACCAGAAUUCUCCAACUCUAUUUAUAAACCAAACAAUGCUUUUGAAAAUCCUGGUCACAAAAAACACUACUUGUUCUAUAGAAAACAGACUAUUAAUGACAUAGACUCCAUUAGUCUAACAACUGAUGAUUUAUUAAAACUUCCAGCAGAUGGAUCAUUUUCUUUCAGUUGUGUUGGACCAGGUCACAGACUUAGCAAGAAAAAUAAGAAAUGCAUUGGAAGACUGAGUUCAUCGGACACUGAAAAGGAUCAAAAUUUUCAACGACCCUUCACUGUCAUGGUCAAGGAUAACAUAGUUACUCCUGCUGUACAUACAAAUAAAAAUGGAAAACAGUGUGGUAGGCUAAAAAACCCAAAGCUUGUGAAUAAGACUAAUAAAUGUGUUUCUAAGCCAUCUUUAUCUUUUCCCAAGAAAUCAUCUUUCAAGGACAGUUCAGAACACAGUCUUGAACAGAAUUACCCAAGAUGGCUCACUAGCCAGAAGUCCGAUCUUAAUGUUUCAGGGAUAACUAGUAUACCUGAUUUCAAAUACCCAGUUUGGCUGCACAAUCAAGACUUGCUACCUGAUACAAAUAGUCAAAGGAUUUACAAAAUAUUUAAAGAAGAUCAGUGUUCCCCUAGACAUAGUUACCAGGCACAAAAAACUUCUCAACUUAUGAAUAAACUUGACUGUUUUGAAUAUUCUUUCCAACCCUCACACAUUUCAAAAUCCUUGAGUGAUGAUAAAGGAGUAGUUAAUGAAUAUAAAUGUGAUUCUGAACAUAGCCAGUGUCAGUGUGAGAAUCUACUUCUCCCAGGACAGUCCAAAGAGCCAUUCAAUGGUGACAAAAUUGAAUUGCUUAUUCUGAAGGCCAAAAGAAAUCUAGAGCAAUGUACUGAAGAACUGCCGAAGUCUAUGAAAAAGGAUGAUAGUCCUUGUUCAUUAGAUAAACUUGAAGCAGAAAGAUCAUGGGAAAAUAUUCCUGUUACUUUCAAAUCUCCUGUUCCUGUUAACUCUGAUGAUAGUCCUCAGCAAAUUUCAAAGGCAAAGUGUGCUAAAGGGUUCCUUGAAGACUUUUUAUGUAAUGAUAGUCAGAGCUGUACCCUUUCUGGAGGGAAACAUCAUGGUCCUGUUGAGGCCCUGAAACAAAUGUUAUUUAACCUUCAAGCAGUACAAGAAAGUUUUAAUCAGAAUAAAACCACCGAGCCAAAAGAAGAAAUUACACAAGUUGCAGAAGACAAUUUAUCUAAGUUACAAUUGCAGGAAAGUAUGGUUCCUAUUACUAGGUCACUUCAAAAGGCUUUGCACCAUUUAUCUCGCCUGAGAGACCUUGUUGAUGAUACCAGUGGGAAACAAGUCACCGAAAAUGUGAAGAGGAAAAUAAAAUGGUCUAACCAAUAAAUAGUCACCACAGAACAAAAAUGUAUUUUUUUUCUAUUGCUUAAACUGACAAAGGAAUUAUAAGCCAUACAUUAUCCUGUCAUUGGUUUGAGUAUAAUAUUUAAAAAACCAAACUUGAAAAUGUCCAUAGGUUUUUGUGAUCUAUUCUCAUUUUGUGCCAAAAUACCAAAAUGUGAUCUGCAAGGAUUCACACUAUGUCCUACAGUCUGAUUUUGAUCUUCAGGACAGCAACUGUCUAAAAUUCAAAGAAGGAUGAUUUCUGAUCUGGAAGCUUACAUGGACUUAACCUUCAGCGUCCUCAUGAUCUUAUCACCUGGCUCUGGAUCAUUAAGAAACUCUUCCUGGAUUCUACCCAAAAUCUCUAAAGUUCAAUAAACUUUUAAUACAGUUAGCAUCCAUAUUUAAGGAGCUUAAAGGAAUAUCAAAAUUGUUAUGGUAUAUCUUAGCCAUAUGGAAAUGUUACUUUUACAUUCCAUAAAUCAAAUAUUUAAGGUAUGUUGUAUUUGCAAAUAACAGUUUUAUAAUGGGGUGAUACAGUGCUUACAGGAAUGUUAUUUUAUAUUGUGAAAUCCAAGAGAAUCUCAUUUAAUGCUUUGAUUUUGAUUCUAUAUAAUAUAAUCUCGAUAAUACUUGACAGUUUACAGAACAUUUUUGGGGGUGAUAUUUGAAAAUUUAGUAUUUUAACAUUAGAUUAUUUCCAAGAUUUUAGUUUUGAGCUUAGGUCAAACUCUAGUAAAAACUAUGAAAUCAGUAAAAUUUGAUGAAUUCUGAUAACAGCUUGAAAAAAAAAGAAUAUGGAAAAUCAGCAACUUUGUAUUUUAAAGCUGUUUUGUAAGAGCUGAACUUUUUAAAAAGCAGUCUGUAGUCUUAAAUAUUUGUCUCUAUCAAGUUCUAAUUAACAGGAAACAUCUUUACCAAUAAAACUAAGAAAUAUGGCAUAAAGCAUGACUACUGAAGCAUAUUAAAAGAGUCUUAUGAAAUUAAAGAAUAUCUGUGUAUAUAUACAAAUACUAGAAAUACUAUACCCACGUGACAGCAUCUUUGUUAAGUAGCUUUACUGUCAAAUAGGAAUUUCUGAGUACAUUGGGUCAAAUAAUUUCCCCCAAAUCUACGUAAGAACUUUGUUACAGAACUUACAUAUUAGAGACUGUAAAGUGAACCCUUUUUUUUCCCUUAGCCAGUGAGUCAGAGUAACCAUACUAUUUUUUUUGCCCAGUUUGAGAGUCACUUGCCAAUAAAUUUGUUUUGUUUACUCUGUGGACAUAUUUCUGCCACUGGCACUCUGCUUUCUGAAUAUGGUCUUGUGCUUCACAGCAAAUAGUAUGUAUGCAGCCAAACAAGGCAUUAAUUUGAUGAUUAAAGUAUGAUUGGCUAUUAGAAAAAUGCUGAUUUUAAUUGGAUGAACGUAAGGUGGAUCUGGGUUGAUCAUGUUCCAGGCUUAGUCGAAUCCACUUCUGGAAAAUUCUAAAGAAGGCAGAGAAGAUAAAGACAUCAGAUAAUAAACUUCUAAUUGCAUAUUAGAGGUUGAUAAGAUAGAAUAUUUAGUGUGCCUGGAAAGCAUCUCCCAGGGAUUUAUGCUGUAAUAAUUCUGAAUAGCACUGAUUUCGUGCUUCUCUCCAAUACUGAGUAAGUUAAGACGGUUCUAAAAUUUUGUUGUAACUAUCUUUAAGAAAUUUGAUUAUACUUACAAAAAUAGUAUUUUUCCUUUUCUGUUAAAAAUACGGAAGUUUUUUUUACCUAAGAAGGAAGUUAAAUAAAAAUGACUAAUUCCAACCAUUUUAAAAAGGAAAUAGAGUCACACUCAGAAAAAUAGCUAACUGAUAAAUAUUCAAGAAAUUCUCCAGUGAAUUGAUUUAAUUAAUUACAUGUUACAUAUUUCAGGCUUUUUAAUUUUGAGAUUUCCAGUUGGGAAAAGGGAGACAAUAGCAUUAAGACUGCUGACUUGAGAAUUUAAAGCAGAUAAUGAGAACAAUUAGAUUUUAAAAAUUACAUUGUGAAUAUAAAAUUUUAUCACUUUUCCUCUUUUUAGAUAUAUUGAAAAAUGUUCAGUAGAAAAAAUAGUGAAAAUUUUAAUAAAAUAUUUCAAAGUUUUAAUUGAAUAUGAAAAAAAUGUAACAAACCUAAAUCCAAACAUUAUUUGAGAUCAAGGGAUAAAGGUAUGAUGAAUAUGUGAAGACAAAACUCAACUGUAUUUUCUUAUCAAUAAGAACUCAGAUUUUUCUAUGGCAAUUAAUUUCAGCUUCAUAGGGAUUUCUAAGCAAAUUGAGAAACUGUUUUCUUGGGUUUGUUUUGGUUAUAUGUCUCUAGUUACUUUGCUUUUUGUUGAAGUUCAUGAAUGUGGAUUUUUUUGGGUAUUAUUUUAUACUUAAUAUUUAAGAUAAUGUCUUGUUAAAUUAUACAUAGCUAUAAAAUGUUUCCUGAAGAUAAAUCAUGACAGUAUUUCUUGUUUCCACCUAUGUUUUGAACACACAAAAUCACUCAUAGAUUUGAAUUUUAAUUUUUCCUGUCCUCCCUUUCACUAUGUCUAAGAACCCUAUUUGGAACUUGGAAAAAGGCAAGUGGCAUGAAAAGAGAUAAAAGAAAAGGCCAAUAAAACUGGUACUUUCUGAACAAUUGGUUUCUUCAAAUAUAAAAGACUUUAUAUUGUUGUAUUCCAUGUAUCAUUUGGAUGUUUCAUACUUCAUUAUAUGUUGUGUUGGAUUGUAGUGCUUACUGUGUAAUGAUUGGGGCAAACCUAAGCCUAAAUGUAAAUGUAACAGGUGAUAUUAGAUAUUUCCUAUUAUAUUAGAAAUUAUCCGUUUCCCACUUCCCUGCUUCCUUUAUUUCCUUUGUUAUAUUCAUCUGUGGCUAAGAGCCACAAAUGUCUUUUUUUUUUUUAAUUUUUUUUUUUUGAAUCCUUUCCUUAACAUUAUUUUACUCAGUAUUCAUCUAAUAAAUAUGUGCUUAAUGCGUAUUCUAUGCUUACUAAUGUGCUCAUUCUUUGACAAAAUGUUUAAUUAUAAGAUAUUCUUUGAUUUAACACUAUGAAAUCAGAAAUAAAUAAUUGAAUGAUAUUCUAUUGUAUAUGUGAGUUGUUAUGUAUUCAACUCUUCCCUUAUUGUUUUUUUUUUUUUUUGAGAGGGCA